AGUGUUUCAGAUGCUCCCUUUAUUCUGAAAGCGCUCUAGAUGAGCUUCCUGUUGUGUUGCAGCUCCUUUGACCCAGUAUUUAUGAUAAGAGUCACAGCACUAUUGUUGCAUAUCAAACUGGUUGCUGUAAACCCAGUCAACAUUUCCACCAUGCAGAGGCUUGUUUUAUUCUGCUUUCUUGCCAGCUGUGCUGUCUCAGCAACCACCUUGAUUGUGGGAAAUUACAGUCUGAAAACCAGCAAAGGAGACACCUGCCUGUUGGCUCACAUGGCCCUGAAAAUCCGUCUGGAGUCAGCCGAGGCGAAUGGAACCUUCGUUGUUCAGCCACAGGCUGCCACAGUGGAAGGUUCCUGUGGGAACACCAAUGCUAACCUGUCCAUCGUCUUUGCACAGGGAUGCAUUACCUUCCUCUUCAACAAGAGUGUUGCUAACAACACCGUCUAUGUCAACGCUCUGUCUUUCAAUCUGACCUAUGCCUUCAAGAAAGGAGAGAGCAAACGUUACAGUGUCUCCAACGCCACAAAUCUGUUCCCUGCAAAGAUUGGACACUCCUACUCCUGCAAGAAUGAAUCCAUUCAUAUGGGAAAUGGACUGUACCUGGAUGUCAGUCAGGACAGGAUGCAGGCCUUUAACCUGACCAACAACGACUUUGGCCGUUCUGACCCUUGCCCCGCUGACCAGCCUGACUACCGGGUUGCCAUCGCGGUGGGGGUAACUCUGCUGGUGCUUAUCGUGCUGGUGCUGGUGGUGUACCUGCUGGGCCGCAGGAAGAGGACAGAUGGCUACCAGUCUCUGUGAGGUGGCUGUCCACCAGCCUUUAAAGGAGUCUUCUCCUUGAUCUGUGAUGCUGUCAUUGUGGUGGGGCUAAAGGGUGCUCUUACUUAAGCCAAACACAAAAUAUUUUAAGUUUAUUGAUUUACUUAUAAUAAAAUUAUAUCAAGUGGAGCUGCCUGUGGAAAGUACCACUUGAAAAAAUAAGUUUAAGCAAAGAUUAAGCACAAAAAAAAAAAAAUUUAAACUUCCCGCAAAACAGUUGCAGUUUCAGCAACUGCCGAGCGCUGAUUGGCCAGAUAAUCACAUGAUUCAUUCGCAAAUGUGUCACGUGAACCGCACCCGUUUAAAAAAAAAAGUGACAUCAGGAAAUGUCCACUUUAACUAUUUUUGCCAUAAUCAACAGUAUGAAUGACAAAUACAGGGAAAAACACGAUGAAUCAGCACAGCGAUGUUUAUGGUUACCGCGAUGUUCUUCAUCGUUGUCUCGUGCUUCUGUCACAAAUAAACAACGUUACGGGCCAGCCGGCUCAUUUCAGUUCAAAGCAAGUUUGUAGUGAAAAAAACUAUUAGUAAGUAGGUACUAAUGGAGAAACCCCGUAUUUGGCUGGCUGUUUGAGUGUUAUAUGUGAAUUGUCCAGUUUAAUUUAGAAUGAUAUAUUGCUGCAUUUGACGUGUGUUACUCUGAAUUUAUUUGCUGCACGUGGGUGUGAUUCUCUUCUAAUUAUUAAUUGUUCCACUGAGUAAAGCAUGGUCUACAGGUAAAAGGUUUAAAUAAACAGUGGAAAUUUUCCAGCAGGAUAUUAACCCUCUUAUCUGGGAUAAGACAGGGCUAAAUUCAACUGACUAAUAAGGGACUAAAAAGGGACUCCAUGUUAACAUAUUACAGUGUGACACUCACUAGAUUUUGUGUAAGUUUUUCUAUUGGAUGUUUACAUGGCAUUAUUCCUAAAUGAUUGAUUCAAACUUUUGCUACAGUUCAAUGGCGACACACUCAGGUUCCAAAAAACUGUCUAUAAAGGGAAAAUUCAAAAGACAUUUGAUUUUUCAUGUCAGUAUACAGCAAUAGUUUACAGUAAUCCUCACGUACAAGAAUUCAACCCCAAAGAUGCUUUCUCCUUGGGAUGGAUUAAUGAUGCAAUACUUGUUUUUACGUCUUUCAACUGACAUUAUUAUCGGUAAGAACUGACGAGGAUGUCUGUAAAAUUGCCAGCAAUAUUGAUACUUUCAAUACUUUUUAUUACCUAACCCUGUUCUUAACCCUAUAUUAUGCUCUCACUGACAUUUGGGAUUGUGAAGGUAUAAUAUUUUAAUUGAUUACAAUGAAUCAAGAAAUAUAUCAAAGAUCAAAUUUAAAUGUUUGAUUUUUUCUUUAUAACAUUCAAAUUAUACAGUUCCUUUUUUAAAUAAAUCAAAUGUAUGUAUUCAAGAAUAAAUUUGUCUUUAUUCUUCAUUUCCUGUAUAGGUUAAUUUUACAUAAGAAUGCGUAUGAAUUCAUAAACAAAAGGAACAAAUAGGCACAUGUUUAUAAGGGAUUGUUCCAAAAUUAAUUGCACUAAUUACUUUUGCAGCUAUGUACUUCUGUCUCUUUAACUAGAAAUAGUUCAUACUGUGCUUGUAACAAUGAAAAAUAUGCUGCAUUUGAAUUCUCCCAUUGCUUUAUGUGGGCACUCUUGUUACCUUUUCGGCCAAUAAAGAUACAUUUUCACAUA